GAGGCUGGCAUGUCCUGGAGUGUGGUGUUUUCGUUGUCUAGCUAGCUUGGUUAGAAAACGUGUUUGCUAACUGCCAGAAGAAAACGUUAAGAUAAUGUGCUGAAAAAUAUAACUGAAUAAAUUCACUUAAUCCACGUUUCUUUUAUAUGUAAGGUUGUUGGGUUCUGUUGGCUUAACGCUUAGCAAGUUGUCAGAGUCGUGAGUUAAAUUGUGAUUCUUCGCUGAUGUGAAAUUGACUAAUAAGUGUUCCUUGGGUAGGUUAGCUAACUAGUUACAGUGUCAUUUCGAAGUAACGUUAGGAUAAAUUCUAAUCACUGUUUGCCUUCAUUGUGUAGUAGCCAUGUAUCUUUGCCGUCGUUGUGUUGGAUUUUUGCACGCAAGGCUCAUGCCUGUAAAGGCUCAGAACUGGGGAAACCUUGGCUAUGUUCUCCCCCUGGCCAAGCUGUGCUACCUUAAACAACCAACGCUGCGCGGUUUUCCCCAGGGUUAUCAAAACCUUUCACAGAGGAAAAAGGAGAUGGGGCAAUCAUGUGGAAUUCGGUGCCUCGCUGAUCAGCAAGCCACACCACACCGUCAAACAAGCGAUAUUUUUGAACAGAAAAAAGACAGCAACGAUAUAACAACAUUUAAGAACAGUAACUUGCAUCAUAUAGCCAGCACGCAAGUGUCAUUUCCUGCCUGUGAGACGUUUAUCGAUUUGGAUGCAGUACCAUGUCCUUCUCCGUUUGAGGAAAUCAGUGAGCAGGAUGCCAUACAGAUCACUGUCCCACCUGGCCUUCCCCCUGUCACAUUCACCCUUAGGGAUUAUGUGGACAAAUCAGAAACACUACAAAAAUUGGUUCAGCUAGGUGUCAAUCUCUUUAAACUAGAGCAGCGGCGUAACGUUGGCUCCAUGCUGGUGAGGUUGGACUUCCAAGGAGAUGUGUCACCACGACUCUUUUUUCUGAAAGAUCUCGGAGUUGAAGACACUCAGCUGGGACCACUGCUUAGCAAAAACCCCUUUAUUCUCACAGAGAGCCUGGAAAACCUGCAAGGCAGGGUCUCAUAUUUAAAGUCGAAGAAGUUCAGUUCAGAGGCAGUUGCUGCCAUGGUGAGCAAAGCUCCAUACCUGCUCAACUUCAGUGUUGAGAGGAUGGACAACCGCCUUGGCUUUUUCCAGCAGCAGCUGGGCCUCAGUGCUCAAAAGACACGAGAUGUUGUGACUCGGCUGCCUAGAUUACUUUGUGGAAGUAUAGAACCAGUAAAAGAAAACUUAAAGGUAUGUGAACUACAGUUUGGCUUUCGUAAAAAUGAAAUCCAACACAUCGUCUCCAAAGUUCCAAAAGUGUUAACAGCUAAUAAGAGAAAAUUGACACAAGUAUUUGACUUUGUCCACAACACUAUGGGUGUUCCUCAUUCUCUUAUUGCAAAGUUCCCACAGGUCCUCAAUGCAAAAUUUAUUCGUAUAAAAGAGCGGCACUUGUUCCUUGACUACUUAGGCAGGGCCCACUAUGAACCAGCUCAUCCAAACUACAUCUCCCUGCAGCGCCUUGUGUCCCUGCCUGAUGAUGUAUUCUGCACGGAGGUUGCACUGGUCUCUCUCAAGGAUUUUGAACGAUUUCAAAAAACUCUGUAGUGAUAAGUGAGGUUUUGUGGUUCAAAUUUUGCAGCAGAGGUUUUUGCUCUUUUUAGUUGCUUCAGUAUGAAUGUGUCAUGUGUGUGUCCUAAAAGACAUCUGAUUUGAUCUGUUGAAGAAUAUUUUGUAGAAAAUUAUCAUAAACUUAACUGACAUAUGUACAAUUUAUACUUAUUUUUCAAGUUUUAUUUUAAAGUGAAAGCAGUUGUUCAGCUGUUAGCAGUCUAAAAACUGAAAAAUGCAUUCUCUGAUUAAUUCAUGUAAGCGUGAUCUAUAAAUGAGCAGAUCCAGGCCAUAGUCACAAAUACAUUUUUGGAGGGACACGUGCCCCACAAUAUUCAUAAACUCAUAAUGUCCCCAAUAUAUGGAGGUAAGAAAAAUAAAUAAAUAUUCUACUCACCAGCUUUGCGCAAUGUUUGGACCCAUCGGUGUUUCUGUUGUUGAUCGGUUGUUAUUGUAACACCCACCCCGCCUGAUUAGCUAACAUCUCCGAUUUGCAGGGGAAAGGUUGCAUUAACAUCAAUAAAUCAUUUUGAGCUGAAAUUGUAUUUGUAGAAAUACAUAUUUUGCAGAAAAUGGAUAAAAUGGAAACAAACAUUUUUGGCCAAAAUGGGCCAAUUUGCAAAUGCUAAAUCAACUAUCAUUACUGACAUUUGUUACGUCCAAUGAUGGUCAUGGGCAUAUUCCAAUGUUAAUGUUUGUAUAUUUUGUCAUAUUUGUUAGAAGUCUCAUUAAAGUUUCAAUCAUUGUAGUGAUGCAUGUGAACAUGUAGAUAGUAGUAGCUUUAAUUUAUUGCAUGUUUCUAUAGUGUCCUGUGUGGCUGCACUUGCUUAUGAUAAGUGGCAUUAUUAGUGUUUGAUUGAUUAAAGUGAGAGCAGUUUAUUAUCAGUCAGUUUUUGUUACCUUUCAUUCACAGUAAGUCAUAAGCAAGAGAAAGGGUGGCAAUGACAUUCAGCAGGGUUUGUUUGUUUGUUUUGG